UGAAGGCGCCGGAGUCUGAUGACUGAUCACCGGCUCGACGCGUCUCCAUGGGCUGCAGCUUCAUGUCGCUCCUUCCUUUCGUUCAACCCUUCCGAACAAUCCCACCGGACCGGCUAGUCUGGCAGCCACUUCUACGCCUCAGAAUGUCGAGAUGGGUCCGAAGGUUGUGAGCUCGGUCGACAGCACCACAGCGACCAACAGCACCAACCAAACUUCUACAUAUAUAACUGCCAUGGCCGGCACACAAUAUCUGCUGUUCCAUCAGCAUAGCAUUGUAUUUCAUUCUUUAUCUGCACUGUCAUGUCUCGCUUACUGUCUCUUUCAUUCUUCGUGCUGGGUGCAUUGGCACAAGGCACUUCUCCAUCAUACGACUACAUCAUUGCUGGAGCUGGUCCUGCUGGUAUCAUUGUCGCUGAGAGACUUGCUGAGGCUGGAGUUAGUGUGCUCCUGCUCGAACGUGGCAAUGCAUCAACAUACGCAUCCGGAGGACGUUCCCUUGUACCAUGGAACAACACUCUCACUCAAUACGAUGUCCCUGGUGUUCGACACUAUAUCAAGAACAGCUUUGCCGACAAGAGCGAAUACUGCACAGACACUCCUGACAAUGCAGGAUGUAUCCUAGGUGGUGGUACCAUGGUCAAUCAGCUCGCAUACAUCCCACCUCAAAAUGUCGACUUCGACGACAAGUGGCCUGUUGGCUGGAAGUGGACCGAUGUCGCCAGCGCUGCAGAAAGAGUCCAUUCUCUCAACCCUGGUAGCACAAACCCCUCGGCGGAUGGCGUUCACUAUGAUCAGACAUCAUACAACGCGUUUGCCAACUUCUUCAGUGCUCAAGGCUACACUUCUGUUGAUGCCAUUUCUGAACCCAACAGCAAGCACGAUGUUUACAGUCAUGCUCCCUACAACGUCAAGAAUGGUCUGGUUGCUGGUCCUGUUAUGACUUAUCUCCCGAUGGCGCAAGCAAUGUCCAACUUCAAGCUUCAACUCCAUACCAAGGUCAUCCGCGCUGUCAGAAACGGUUCCACUGUGACCGGUGUCGAGGUGGAAGUUGAUGGUCAGCGUCAGAUUAUCAGCCUCAACAAUGGUGGAAGAGUCAUUCUCGCAUCUGGUGUAUUCUCAACUCCUCGCAUCUUGUUCAACAGCGGAAUCGGACCUAACGAGCAACUACAAAUCGUCGCUGGUAGCAAGGCAACUACCAAUGUUACUCUGCCCGCAAGCCCCGAUUGGAUCGAACUCCCCGUCGGUAAAGGCAUCAAAGAUCACAUCAUUGUGACAUUAAACUUCAACACCACUGAUUCCGUGGACUUUCUUGACACCUCAUACUUCAUCAAGCCCUCAUCAAACAUCACUGACCCAUAUAGUCAUGGCAGCGGUAUUCUCACUCAAGGAUAUCAACGAUUCACCUUCUGGACCUCAAAUAUAACAUCCGACGGCAGUGUUCGAUACUUCCAAGGCACUUGCUACGCAAGCGGUCAAAACUAUGUGUCCAUGAAGCUUUACCUCACGCAUGGCCUCACCUCAAGUGGUGCUCUUGGUAUCACUGCAGCUGGAAACACUGUCUAUACUGUUGAUCCUUACCUCAACACCGCCGAGGACAAGUACGCCAUUGCUUCUUUCAUUGACAACCUGCUCGUUCAGACACGCAAAGCAGACUCGACCUUGAUCUACUCUGGUCCCUCAACUGACACUGGUGCUUCGCUGUCCAAGGUCUACACAGGUGGCAGCCAUUGGGUUGCGACUGCCAAGAUGGGUACUGAUGAUGGUCGUGUCAACAAUGGUACAUCGGUCGUCGAUCUCAACCUCAAGGUGUACGGUACGGAUAAUCUGUUCGUCGUCGACGCUUCUAUGCAUCCCGAUCUCCCCACUGGAAACUUGCAAGCUACAGUUCAAAUAGCCGCUGAAGCAGCUGCUGUCAAGAUUCUUGCUUUGCCAAAGCAACAGUCACUGUCAAGCUCGUCUUCUUCGAGCAGCAGCGCAACUUCCUCGAUCAGCACUUCCUCUAGUUCGACUAGUCAGCUUUCCUCAGUCAGCACCACCUCUAGCACGUCCACCCAGCUAUCAUCAUCUGCUAGCUCCACGCUCGUUACACUGACUACCUCCGCAUCUACCUCGUCUACUUCCUCAUCAACGUCCUCCACUUCAUCCACCAACACUGCUCAAGCCACAAACCCUACCUGUCCAAAGUCAGAUGGUACAACCUUCACAGCCAAGAGUGGCGCAGUCUUCCUUGUCGAGUGCUACGUGGACCGCGUCGGUCAUGAUAUUGCAUAUGUCGAUGUCCCUACCAACCGCAUUGCAGACUGUGUGAACAAGUGUGAUGCUCUGCCUGGAUGUGUUGACAUUUCCAUGUCUGGUACUGCUUGCUACAUGAAAGGUGUGGUCGGAGAGAAGAUUGUCAACAGCAAGUACAUCAGAGGCGCACGCAGGAUCUCAUAGGUUUAGUAGGAGAGAGCAUUUGGGGCAGCAUUUGUCUACAUAUCAGGAAAUUUACGAAAUUUACAUGAAAUUUACC